ACGGAACGACCGGCGUUUCGGAGUACGUAUCGGUAGUCGCGAGACGAGGCAGUCGGUGACGGGUUGUGGUCGUAUAAGUGUGGCGUAGUGAACGGUUUUUUCGGUCGCCUUCUCCUCCCCUCCGUUGUGUUCAAAAAUGAGCUGGCAGGAUUACGUUGAUAAGCAGCUGCUCGCGUCUAGGUGUGUUACCAAAGCGGCGAUCGCCGGACACGAUGGCAAUGUGUGGGCGAAAUCCGAGGGCUUCGAAGUAAGUAAAGAAGAGCUCGCGAAAUUAGUGCAGAGUUUCGAAGAGCAAGACAUCCUGACGUCGUCGGGGGUUACCUUAGCCGGUAAUAGGUACAUCUACCUGUCGGGCACGGACCGUGUGAUAAGGGCAAAACUCGGCAAAGUCGGCGUUCAUUGCAUGAAGACGACGCAAGCCGUAGUUGUUUCCCUGUACGAGGACCCCAUACAGCCACAGCAAGCCGCAUCUGUCGUUGAAAAACUGGGCGAAUACCUCGUGUCCUGCGGCUAUUAGGUAUGAUGACAGCUUUCAUCCGAAAUAAUCGUUGUAAAUAACAUAAAAGAGCUUCGUCACAAAAACCGCCGAGACAAUUUUAAAGUAAAAUUUAUGUUAUCAGUUAGAAAAUUCUUCGCUAUUUUUUUUUUCUUGGAGAAUAUUUAUUUUCGUAUAUUUUAUGCGCAAAGGGACUGCAACUUUCGUGAAGGCAACGAAGAAGUUAAUCCGUCUCCUUUAAAUUUGCCUCUAGAAAUCCUUUUCUCCAUUCACGAACGAAAACUUCCGGUCUCAUCCUUUUUACGACAUGCGGUAAAAUUUUAUUAAUUUCGCAAACACGUGAAACGAUCUUCGCGAGCCAAAAUUAAAAAAA